UUACAUUAGGUUAGAUACAAAAUUAAAACACCCGUACAUAUUUUAUACUUAACGUAACUUUCUGGUACCGUAUUUUACCAACUAUGCUAAUAACUCGCCUAAAAGGAAACAAUUAAAACUUGAGAGCAAAUAAAAAAAUUAGGGUUACCUCCAAUCUGUGGCGGAUCCAAAAAUUAUACAUAGGGGUGUCAUCUUCCAAAAAUUAAAUUUAAUUAAAAAUUAAAUUAAAUAAUCCAACUAGUAAAAGUUAAAAUAAAAAUUCAGACAUGUUUUGUAUUAUGAAAAAUGGUAAAAUACAUUCGAUGUCUGCACUGCUCAACAAAUAUUUCUCGACAUAUCCUACUAGAUAAGAGUAGCAUGUAAUUAGAUUUAAUCAUUAGGUUUUGAAAAUAAUUGGAGAUAAGAAUAGUCUUUUACUAUUAUAUUUGGAUUUAAAACAAAACAACAAAGUCUAUUUAAAAAGAUGUUAACUAAUAGUAGUAGUACUGACCCAAGUUCAAAUCACAUAGACUAGCACAUAAUUAUUAUAUGCAUCCAUACACAGUUUAAGGGUGUCUAUUCAAGCUACUGGUACUGUGAAUAAUGAUUUUUUUCACAGUUUAAGGGCGUCUCGCUACCACUUUUAUUUUUAUUUUUACGUAUACACAAACUACUAUCGGAGGUUGGAUAAUCUGUUUCUCAAAUUUUAGGGGUGUCUCGAGACACCACUAAACAUGCAUGUAUCCGCAAUGCCUUCAAUAUUCUAAUAUACUCAAUCAAAGUAAUAGGGCACAAAAUUAUACACUCCUUAUCUACCAGUGCCAGUAGCUUGAAUAGAGAAUCGACCUUAACAUCAGUAAAUCAAUCAAUGAUUCUUAAUUUUAAGAUAGACCUAUAGGUUCUGGUAGUUGCAAUAACCAUAAUCCUAAAGAUCCAAUAGCCACCACUUUCUGUUGUACAACCAACUUUUUAUCCUCUCUUUUAUCUUCAAUCCCAAUUCUCAAGAGGCAUCUUUUUAAUUUCAACAAAAAAUUCACACUCUAAUCCUCCUCCUGCAAGUCUGCAACUAUAUUUGUGCUACUUUGAUUAACUUUCUCUCCGUGACCCUCAUUUUCUCUUCCAAUUAGGGGUUCAUGUCAACUCGCUCUUCAACCACUCAAUCCUCUUCUUUUAUUGCGUAGAGAACAUUGAGGUUUUUUGAGACUUCGAUACAACUAAUAGAUUAAAAUUUGUAUUUGAAUAUGUAAUGGACAUCAUACAUAUAUAGUAAGCAAUGAUAGUAGUGCAAAAUUAUCACCUGUGCUCCACAUACAAAAGUCGAUAGUUAAUCUAUAGUGCGUUGAAAAAACGUAUUAUGACUAUUCGAUAAUACUUAUAAACAAUAAACAACUUUUAAUCAUGUUAAAAUAUCCACCUACAUAUCCACUCCUAGUUAAAUCCCAUAAUAUGAUUGUCUUUCUUUUAAGAGAGCUGCACAACAUCCAUGUGCAACGGGGACGCGAUCGACAUUGAUGUUUGCGUUAGACAAAUUAGCUAGGCUGAUCAAUAACCUAAAAUUCCUAGGCUUGGAUUUUUUCUGCCCAAUUAGUUUAUUAUGAAGAUGAGAAUGCUGUCUAUCCCACUCCUAAGAUAUAAUAUUAUUCAAGCAACCAAAUUCAUCCAUCUCACAUCAAAUAUAAAGCUAGCCGGUUUUACUCGGAACACAUACUACCUAGCUACCUAACCACGAGAGAGAGAGAGAGAGAGAGAGAGAGAGAGAGAGAGAGAGAGAGAGAGAGAGAGAGAGAGAGAGAGAGAGAGAGAGAGAUGGGCACAGUAGUAAUGCAAGUUUCCAUGUUGUCGUCGCUAGCUAAUUCUGACAGUGAUCAACGGAGGGUUCCAGUUCCAGGGCAGUGGGAUCAUCGAUCUCCGGUGAAGCUGCAUGCCCUGGAUCCACUGUGCGCUGCCUCCAACGUAUGGUUCUGUAGUCCGACCGACUCUGAUAUCUCAGGCGCGCAGGAAGUGAUAUUAUCGCACCUGACGAGAUCCUUAAUUACUAGAGUACCAGACGCCUACGUACAAUAUUCUUAUUCUUCUUGUGCUUAUGCCAAAUCUCGCUUCUGCCAUCUCUGCUUAGCAGAAGCCACUGCACGGAUGCGUGACAACUGCCUGGGCAAAGAUGGAGGUCAGUACGGGAACGAGCUGAGCUGUGCUGUGCUAGAUAUGAAAAAGAAAGGUUUUGUUGAGCUUAUUUAACUGAGAAAGAAAUGGUAUUGUGUAUGGCCUAGACUAGACUCCUCCAUAUAUGCAUGUAAGGUGGAAGAGAUGCGGUAUCAAUGAAACUAAACGAAUUAUCCCUACGGAUGGGUUACGUUGUUUUAAUUUUCAUAUAUACUAGAUAUAUAAUUUGCCGCGCUUUCCGGCGCCUAUUUGAGUUGCUCUAUUUAAUGUUUGGUUUUGCAUGCCCGUUGAUAAAAUUUUAUGGAGUUACUGCGUUGCAAAUUGUGUAUUUAUCGUUGUUAGGUUCUUUUAAGUGGUAAAUUAGAUUGGAAAUGGGAGCAAAAGAAAGUUGCUUAUUAAGAAUGGGAAACUUACAUAUGUCAUAAUUUGUGCAAAAAAAUGAAAUUCGAGUAACUCUAUUUUCAUGUUUUAAUGAUGGAGAGUGGGGAUAGACAAACGGGUGGGGCGAGUAUCUUAAUGCCCGUAUUCGUCCUGCAGAAAGCGUAGGUUAGGUCGUGUAAUACCCAUGCAGGUGUGGACGCCAACAUGGAUGCUGACCCGCAACAAUAGUUAUGACUAAUAUUUUAUAUUUCGAUAGUUAAGGCUAUAAUUUCCCGAAACUUAAUAGUUGUGUCUAAUAUAUUGUUUUAAUCUUUUUUAUUAUAAAAACAGUUUUUCAUCUAUGGCAAAAAUUAAAUCUAUGGCAAUAAAAGGCAAACAUUGGCAUUAAAAUCAUAACAGAAAAAACAAAAACAAAAAAAAUUGAUAAAACUUUCCACCGUGGCUUGCAAUGAGCACUUGCAACAAAUGAAAGUUUCCAUUUUUGCAAUAUCAACUCACAUUGGUGCAAUGGGAAAAUGUAAUUGCAAAGCUCUGCCACGUCAAAGUGCAAUUGCACUCUCUGGGACCGAUGGAGAUACUCUAAUUGUAUUGUUGCAAACUUGUAAAUAUGAAAUUAGUAGCUACAUCAAUGCAAUUGGUAUUGCAAUUGCAAACACCCAUGUUAUAUCAUCUUGAAAUUGAGAAUGUAAUACAAACGUGAAUGCUGUAACAACGUUGUGCAUAGAUACAAUAAUUAUACUAUAAGUAUGCAGUAAAAAAAUCAACUAUAAGUCAAUUUUUAGCAGAUUAUAAUGAUAGAACCCUCCAACUGUUUGAUUUGAAAGUUGACUGAAAAUAUGUUGGCGAUACCAAGGGCGGAGCUAUAGGUCUUGGGGAUCCCUGGCACCCCCAGAAUUUUACAUCUACGUAUAGUUUUCUACGGAAUUUGGAGAAUUUUUAUUUUUUAUAAUGCUACGGAAUUUGGAGAAUUACAUAUGUAUAAACACCUAAAAUGAGUUUCCUGGGCAAAAAUAUAUUAUCGAUCUUGUGCUAGCUAGUCUAGGGCUAGAGGUAAUCAAAAUUGAUAUUUCCUCCAUUGAUCAGGGUUUGAACCUUGGACGGAGCAAGUUACUUACAUUUUCAGUUCAUCUGUUUAUUGUUUACUUUUAUGAAAGAGUUUAUUUAUUUUUAUAUUUUCGUUCAAUCAUUUUAAACUAUAUCAAUUUAGUUUUUUUUUUAACUUUUGAAUUCGUAUUCGUGGUUUUGGUUAUAUUAAUUGUCUUCAGACAUUAGUAUAUGCAUAUAUUAAAUUUUCAAAUCAUACAGAUAUAGCAAGAUAUGCUAUACAUUAUUUUUUGUUCAUAUAUUUUAAUCACUUGUGCAUUUAAUUCACACUUGUUUAUAGUAGAUUAAGAAAUUUUCGCCCCCAAAUUCAAAUCCUGACAACCGCCCCUGGCUGACACAUCAUUUCCAAGGUUCUAUUUGAGGGAAGAAUUCCACUUCAUAUGCAAGUGCUUUUGCUUAUGAAGGUCUAAUGCUAUAUAACAUUGGUGCUAUAGGUUUUUGUUUUUAUGGUACAAUUUGAAAUUGUAUCUUAAACGUUAUGGUACAAUUUGUACUUGUACCUUUAUGUGAUGGUACAACUUCAAGUUGUAAAGUUGUAUCAUAACAUAAUGGUACAACCUAAACUUAUACAUUUAAUGUUAUGGUACAACUUCAAGUUAUACAUUAAAGCACUAAUGCUAUAUAGCAUAGUAGAUGUGCUCGAAGUUCUAAUGACUAAUUGCCCCUAUGGCAUAGCCAAAACAGGUAGAAUCUCAUCAAACAUGAGCACUUAAUCUCUCUAAAAUGGGUUGUUUAACUUGAUUCAUUUUGAAUUAGAUUUCAGUACUCCUCAAUUGAAUCAACUUCUUGUUUAGCUUAAGUCACCAACCAACCAUUCUCAUACAUAUAGGACUAUAGGAAAGUGCGGAAAAAGAGCGUUCAAGUGCGGACAAUUGUACGUGAACUUACACAUCCAAGGAACUAAAAAUUCAUAUAUCAAUGAUCAUGGUGGACGUACUAGUCCAAUGUGGUGAACUGGGCUCACUUAAAUCCUACCCACAUCAUAUCCCAAAAUCCCCCUCAUGAAUUGUGGCCUCCAAAAUUUUAUUAGUGGAUUGUAGUCAAAUGUUGCUGCAAUCUUAUGUUGAAUGUGAGCAUAUUAAAAAGCAAUGGAAACAAAUUAAUUCACCAAAUCCACCAGUGUGAUGUCAACAAGUACAAAGGAACUGAAGUGACGAAUAAGCAAAAUCAAAGGCAGAAUAUGUCUCUCAACAGAAAAAUUACUAGCUAGUUUAGGCGAGAUCAAUUCAAUACUAGCCAUGGGACUGUUCAGGGCAAAAGCAAUGGGGUAAACCUGAUCAUUAUCGAGACGUUGGUUUUCAACAACUUUAGUUAUCGGCUUAUCGCGUCAAGUGCCACCCAGAGUUCCCCCAAACACUUCAGUAGGAUGCUCAUCGAGCCACCGCAAUGAAGUGCUCAGGAGAACUCAAGGGGAAAAUUUCCCGGCAAUCCACCAUUGAAACAAACUAAGAAAGAUGCAGAUUCCAAGCAUUUCUAGAUCCAGUUAACAAAUAGCAAAAGAAACCCCAUAGCUCGCAUUACAUCUCCAAAGUAACCCCAAUGGAUACUAUCAAAAGCCUUCAUGAUGUCUAUUUGCGUAGCACAUCUAGCCGAGAUAUUCUUCCUAUUAUAGUGCUUUACCAAUUCUAUAUGUGCUAAUAUAAGAUUGUUGCUAAUGAUUUUGCUCUUAACGAAGGCUAACUGGUUUUUACAAAUAACUUGGGGCAACACCUCCCUUAGUCUCAGUGCUAAAACUUUAGAUAUGCAUUUAUAUAGGAUAUUGCAACACGAAAUAAGGGAUUGCAACACUUUAGUCUCAUUGAGUCAGGUUGUUGUACAUUUGGAAUUAGGUUAAGAUACUCCUCUUGAUCACUUAAGCAUCCUACAAUUCAUAAAGAAAACUAUUAUUCUUCUUCUCUUAUUGCCUGAAUAACCAAAGUGUAUAUAUAUAUAAUGUUCAAAAAGGCGCUAGGCGUGAGGUGAGCUUUGAGUUUUUGCCUAGCGCCUAGCUCGUGUAGGCGUAGACUAAGCAUGCCUAUGCGUUGGAAUAAAAAUAACUAUUCACACAACAUGAUGAAUGAAAUAAUAAUCGACAACACUUUCCCAUUUCAGUUAAAAUGGUUAAUAACUUACUCAACACUUAAUGACAAGAGUAUAGGUCAUGAAUUCAUAGAAUCAUAGAUCAAUAGUUCACAAAGUUAUUAAGCUAUUGAAAAUAUUGAUAUAGAAAAUUGAUUUCAUAAUUAACGUUAAUUUUCUCCUUUAAUAUUGACUCAUUAGCUCCAUCUUGUAAUGUUUAGGAGAGACUUAUAUGUCGUCUUACUCCGUUGAUGUGUUCCAGUAUCUAGUUAGGUGCAAAACAACUAGGCGAGGUGUUUCGUCAUUGCCUUGCGACUAGGCGUACCAAACCGUAAAAUUAGGCAUGCCUUUUUGAACCAUGUAUAUAUGGUAUCUUCUAUCAUAUCCAUGCAAAAUCUAGGGUUUUCGGAAGUAGAUGAGAGCUCCAGACUAAUUGGUCUUCUACACAUCGAGAGAUAGAAGGCUAGAAGGCUGGGGGAUACAACGAUGGAAAAGGGGAAGCCACGGGGUGAUAAAAUGACUUUUUUUUUUCGCGGGCAUAGUUUUUUAGGUGCGGGUCAAUAGAAAUCUGAUCGAAUUUUUAACAGAAAUCAUACCUAACUCAACCAGUUAAUUACAAAAGCGUGUAAAACUCACUCCCGACUCAAAAUUCUUCAACAAUACUAUAAUUUUCGCACCCAAAUUACUAAGAUCUGCUAAAAAUUGACUUAUCAUUAUUAUUCGUACUAAAAUAGUAUGUAAUUAAAACUAUUAAGCCGUGAGUUUUUUUUUUACUAUUGCAUAUGAUAAAAAUGGGCCUGCCUUUUUAAUUCCGAAUUACUGUUCCUUAAUGAUAAAGUUUUUGCUUUCCUGUGGCCGAGUGUACUUUACCAACGUAAAGCUCUGGCGGCUGCCCAAGCCCAAACAUCUAACCUUUGCUCACUAUUUUUUAUACAUUGGGCUGUAUGAUGGUGACGUACAUACCCUUAUUACAACUCCAUCUCUCCAUUAUUUUUUCCGCUGAAUAACUCCAUCUCUAUUUUAGGAAGAGACUAAUUAGUUGAGGUGUUGAUUUUGAAUUAUAUAGUUAACAUAAGUUAAAUGGGUGUAUGAAACUAAAAUUUCUUUUUAAUUACAUACAGUAUCACAAUUUCAUCAAUUUGCAUUAUGUAAAAGUUUUGUAACAUAAGUUAAAUGAGUGGAUGAAAUUUUAAAAAAUUACAUACAGUAUCACAUUUUCAUCAAUUUGCAUUAUGUAAAAGUUUUGUAACAUAAGUUAAAUGAGUGGAUGAAAUUUUAAAUGUAAUUAUUUUCAUAUCGGUGCGAAUCGCGUAUAUACCAAUUUUAUCAUAAUCUAUUUUUUCUCUUAUAGUUGGUUGUUUAGUUGUUUUCCCCCAUCUCCUGCAAAACAAUUUCACUAUAAGGUCUUUUCUCAUGUUGACCCUUUCUGUAGCGAGUACCAUUCGUGACUUUUUUUAUUCAUAUACUCAAUUUUUUAUUCAUAUAGGUAGUUUUUUUUAUUUUCCAUAUCCUACACCCUAUUUCCGUAUAAGCUCUGUUUCCCCUAUAGUAAACUAUGUAUGUAAUG